GGCCCUGCAUUAGAGGACUUCAGCCAUCUCCCUCCAGAACAAAGACGCAAGAAACUGCAACAGAGAAUUGAUGAACUCAACAGAGAACUACAGAAGGAAACAGACCAAAAAGAUGCCCUCAUCAAGAUGAAGGAUGUUUAUGAAAAAAAUCCCCAGAUGGGUGAUCCAGGCAGUUUGCAACCCAAAUUAACUGAGACUAUGAGCAACAUGGACCGUCUUCGGAUGGAAAUACACAAGAAUGAGGCCUGGCUCUCUGAAGUUGAAGGUAAAGUAGCAGCCAGAAGCGACAGGCGGCACAGCAGUGAUAUCAACCACCUUGUAACACAGGGCAGAGAGAGCCCUGAAGGGAGUUACACGGAUGAUGCAAAUCAGGAAGUUCGAGGCCCACCACAGCAACAUGCACAUCCAAAUGAGUUUGAUGAUGAGUUUGAAGAUGAUGAUCCAUUACCAGCUAUAGGACAUUGCAAGGCAAUAUAUCCGUUUGAUGGUCAUAAUGAAGGCACUCUAGCAAUGAAAGAAGGGGAAGUUUUGUACAUUAUUGAGGAGGACAAAGGAGAUGGGUGGACAAGAGCUCGAAGACAUAACGGAGAGGAAGGCUAUGUGCCAACAUCAUAUAUAGAUGUAACGCUAGAGAAAAACAGCAAAGGUUCCUGAAGCGGGUUUCUGAGAAAAUGGGCGAGAUCUUGAAGGAGGUUACAUGCAGCUGCUGGGGGGGUGGGUGGGGGUGGGGUACUAGAUUGGGAGGCCCAAGGGGAAAAGCUAGUUGCAUGAAUGCAUGCAGACAUACAUUUAGUCACUAACAUCUUAGCAUCUCCAUACAUAGGUAAGGAUGUAUUCCAAGUUCUUCAAUUUGUGCAGGAAAAUAGAGUUCCAUUACCAGAGUAAAAAGGCUACUGCUCCUAAAAUUGCUUUGUUUUCAUUGUUCUAGGUUGUCCCAGAUGCACAAACUCUGUUUUAGCUUGUGCUAUGUUUUGGUUAUCUCAGUCAUGCUCUCUUCCAACUCAUUUUAAUUGGCAGUCAUUUAGAACCAUAUGGCAGUUGUCAGUCUGCCUGUGCCACCUCCAUGCUCGCCGUUAACCUCUCUCCUGCAUGCCUAGGACAGUCAGGCAUGUCUGCAUAACACUUUGCCAUCAUUG